AUGUAUAAAUACAUAAGUAUCAUCUAAGACAUCAAUUAAAGCAGUUCUGAUCAUUAGAAUAGCUGAACAUCAAUUGCUCUUCUCAAAGUAAUAUAAUAAAAAGAAUGUAAAUUAAAAUUAGAAAAUAUAUAGAUUGAUUAAGAUUAUCAAAUAAUUUUAGAACAUAUGUCAUAAAUAAAUCUAAGAGCAGAAGAAAGAGCUACUCUAAAGACUGCUAAUGGAGUUUGGCUUUACAAACUUGAUGAAAUAAAUUGCUUAGACGAGUAUACAAAUUGUAUUUAUAUUAGUAAUUGUUACAGAGAGUUAAGCUGAUAGAUAAAUACAUGCUAUGAUAAGAGUAAGAUAUAGUAAUCAUAUUAAAGAAAUAGAAAAAGAAUUAAAAAAAAUACCCUGGCUAUGUAGAUGCUUAACCUAGUGAUGUUGAAAAAUAUACAAAAAUUUGGAUGAAAUAACUUUAGGAAAAAUAUGAUAAUUUGGCUGGAGUAGAAAAAAGUAAUAAAUUUACUUUUACAUUGUUAGGUUUAUUAUGCAGCAUAAUAAAAAGUUUAUGAGGUUUAAAUUGUAAUGGAAGGAAACAUACAUAAUAUUAUAAAAAAUUGGAUACAGUUUGAUGUACAUUUUGCAAAACUACUCAUAGAAUUUAGAUGAAAAAGCUGAAAAUUUAAUAAAAUAUAUCAAAAUAGUUCCAAUAAUAGUCACAUGA